GGAUGCGGAUCAGACAGUUAUGGGGUGUUUCUGGCAGUUUAAUUUGAUAUGAACUUCUCGGAGAGCUAGGGGGAACAAGAACCACAAGUCAUGGAAUCAUCUCCCCUAACUUUGGCGCACACCCAUGCGCGCAACGCCCUUCUCGAAACACGCAAAGCAAACCCUGUAGCAGCGAGCGAGGAACAUGACCUCGCAGCGGGGGAGUUUGCCAUAGCUGCGCAAAACACAGCUGACAAAGAUGCGUUACGAACCCUUCUCCUACUGGAACAACAUCAUAAACGGCUCGCGAAAAUUAUCAGAUUUCAACAUGAGAAUCCACCCAAUGUCUCGUCACCAGAACCCGAAUCUGCCCUUUCCCCCUCGACCGUAGCCCCGACGGCCACUCCAAACAGCCCCUCCAAGCCUGCGCCCUUUACAACGCACCGGUCAUCCCAGCCCUUGCAGCAGCCACCGCGUCUGCAAGCGACAAAUCGGCCCGGUCAUCGCGAAACGACUUCCCUUGCAAGCAAUCUAGCUUCAGCACGUGGUAUACCUGCCUAUCCCCGUCGCGGAAGCCCUGUUCCUCCCACCUUGUCCACCCAAAAUGGAGGCGCGAAAAUGGCAGAGUCCCCCCAUAAGAUAAGGAGCACUGCUAGCAAUCAUACCGACACUCGGGCAUCAGGUUGGAAACCGUCUUGGUCUCCGGCUAUCAGCCCGACAGAAAUCACACAGCAGCAGGUCGUACUGCCGGAUAGUGGAAACGAGAUUUCCGCGCCAUUUAGGUCUCUUGCUGGUGAUGAACCAUUUCGACGAUUCUACUCCACAUUCGGUGGCCUUAUUUCGAAACUCUCAGCGCCUCUCGCUUUUGCCAGUCUUCCUCUAGGACCCGAUGCAGCUGGUCAACGAUCCCCUACUGCUACAAAAUCCCCGGCGGACACAAAAGUGGACAAGUUCUCUGCAGCAGCAGAUCUUACACAGUAUUCCCACAGGGAACCCGAUGUCAAGAACCUUGUGUCCAGCGCAGCUCUCCGAGCCAUUAAAGACAAAGAUGGUUACUUCGGCAGUAAUACCUCAGAAUCAUUUUACGUUGUUCCUACUUCUGGUGGGAUGAUAUCAUACGCAGGUAUCCUUUCCCGUGCAGAGAAAGAAGCGCGGAGAAAUAGCCUUGAAGAGGACGAAGACACCUUUGUUGACGCCCGCGAGAAUCCCCCGUCCCCAGAAGCACGAGGGAGCAUGAACCGAGACAAGACUAAGGGAGCCAGGCGAAACGGUCGUUCCACUCCAAAGGCAUCAUCGUCUGGAACCACAGCUGCCAGAGACACCAAGACUCUAGAAGAGCUUCAAAUGGAGAACCAGGCUUUGAGACAUCUCUCGGAUACUCUAGCUAAACGCCUGCAUAUGUGGGAGGUGAACGCGCAGUCUUCCUCAUUCGCUUUGCAGCAAUCACUAAAAGCUAUCCAAAAUCAAGCCGUGGCGUCAAGGCAGGCUUCCCCGUCUGCCUCUGCGUCAAGACCUCCGCCAGCAAGGCAGGAGGCGGUGGACAUCGAUAAAAUCAAGGAUCUGGAGAACUUGGUGAAGAAUCAUGAGAAAGAGCUCGAGAGGGUUGGGAAAGAAAAUGAGAAACUGAAAACUGUGUUGGGUCGAUAUAGAGAUCGGUGGGAGAAGUUGAAAGAAGGAGCGAGAAACCGACGAGAGGGCAAUGGAAGUAGUCCUGCUGCUGCUUCCGGUGCGAAUACAACGGGUGCUGGAAGUAGACCGACUGGUGGAGCCGACCCUGAGGCAGUGCGUUCUCCAGUGAUUCCUUCAACGGACACGGAUGUCAACUCUGGAAAAGGCGAGGAUAUUCAACUGUUAGAGGAAUAGAAAGCUGGAUACAAUACUUUGUAUUCUAUCCGCUAUUCCAUACAAAUCUUAGCGAUCCACGUUAGCCUACCUUCCUGAUCAUCUGUACAUAUGCUAGCAUCCGCUGAAGGAAUAGUAGUCAGCUAGGGAGCACUUGAAGAAGUUAUCCAAUGUACUGUACAUCUGAUAGUCUGCCUUGAUUCACUUGCUAUUAAAAUGCUAGACAUGGGCAUCAUUGGAUGAGAUAGGAGAGAAAUGUGUACUAGACGUUGAAACCCAGGAGAGAACGUGUUGCAAGAAGUUAAGUAUUAGAAACCCUAGUCCGAAAAUCCUUUCGCAGACCAGGAAAGAAAAAGCCAACCUGUCCACCCGAUAACGCCAAAAGCAAAUUGAUAUGGUAUAGACGGAGGCGACCACCUAAGGGGCGUCUGUGUAUCAUAUUAUUAAUUACUGUCAAAAAGAGCGACCAUAUAAUGGAGUAGGAAAAUUGUAAAUGUUGCUUAAUCGCGACCGAUCAGCAAGAAUCCACAAUAGCAAACCAAAAAAGGAGAUAGAUAUAAUGUGCACGGAGAAUAGCCAGUAAUCUCACGAUGCAGGCAAGUAUCAAUGCGAGGCUCUUUGUAGGUUCGACCCGUGGCUUGGGUCUUGUGAAUUUGCUUCACUCGAGGGAGGAUUGAGGAUUGAGACCACCACCAUCAUCAUCAUCAUGGUCCUUGAAUAUAAGUCCCCAUCGUCGACCGCUUUGGCGUAGACUGGCGCCAAAGCGUGCAAAGUUUUCCGUCCAAGAGUCCUUCCUUUCACGAUUGCGGCGGGAUGGGGUCCCCCCAUUGGCUGGGGACACAGCAUGCUCCUGAUCGUUCGGUGUGAGUGGUGGUCUAAAAGACAGGGGUGGUCCUAAACUGCGCGCGCGGCUGGAUGCACCACCUCGGGGGCGUUGGUCAAUGUCGACCUCACCAAAAAGGCUCGUGUCGGUUUCAUAGUCCACAUUUUGUUCUGCAUGUUCUCCCGACCCGGGAUUUCUUCCAUCUAGAGUUGUUUUGAUUGGUUUUCUUCGGCGACGUUUUUCGGGUGAACCCUCGCCGCGCCGCAAAGAUUCCGCCACGACAGCACUCAAUCCGCUUGAGAGCGGCGGGAGAAGUGGUCCUGGAGAGAAUCGUAAAGAAAGGCGAGAUCGUGACGAAGGAGUAGGAGGUCUCGAGAUUGUAUGUCGACGCGAAUGGGCGCGGCUUGUGUGAGGUUUCGGAGUUUGCAUUAAUUGAGCCUGUCGAGGGGAGUCGAUCACCCCUGGGGCGGUGGGAAAUUGAAGAAUGACACUAGAACGCGGCGGCGGUGUACCGGGAUGCGCUUCUGAUGCCGGAGGUCGAUUUGGAUCUUCUCGACGUUGAAUCCAUGGGUUUGUGAUGUGUAAUUCGGGACUAGCCUCUGAUGGCUCCAAUAUAGACGUAUCAGAAAUGGAAGGCCGUAGAGAGUCAGGAGAACUAGAUAGCGGUGCACGCGGAGUGCGAAGUGUUUCUUCAUCUUCAUCCCGG